CGCGGGCAGCUCGCGCGGCUCCGGGCACCUCUCCUCUCGCCGCUCCCGCUGGAGUGGUUGUCACUCGGUAGCUGCGGGACUCGGGACGGGAGGAUGGAUUUUGAGAAUCUUUUCUCCAAACCCCCCAACCCGGCCCUGGGCAGGACACCGGUCGUGGACUCCGACGCCACGGAUUCGGAGGACAGAAUCGAUGAUGAAAUAGAUGAUACAGAAGUUGAAGAAACACAAGAAGAGAAAAUAAAAUGGAAAGUAAAACUGGAGUGUGAGCAUAUUCCCAAAAAAUUUAGGCACUUUGGAAACUCUGCAACAGCACCGAAAAAUUUGCUACGUAGAAAAUCAAGAAGUAAGGACUAUGAUGUAUACAGUGAUAGUGAUAUCUGCAAUCAGGAGCCAGAAGAUAAUUUUGCUAAAGAACUUCAACAGUAUAUACAAGCCAAGGAAAUGGCAAAUGCCGCUCGGUCCCUACCGUCUUCUGAAGAAUCCAGGAGGAAAGAGGAAGCGAAGUGUGCACAGAAAGCUGGGAAACAAAAAAAUCAAAACCUUAAAGCUGCACGUAAGAAGAAAAUGAAGCGGAAGUGGCCUGGCGCUGCAGACAAGGGGUCAAAUGGAUCACUGAGGACCAGUGGCUUACAGGGACAGGAUGGUAAACCUAAAGAGAAGCAGCAGCACGUGCGAAUGAGCCAGGGGUUCAUCAACCAACACACAGUGGAGCGCAAGGGAAAGCAAGUUUGUAAAUAUUUCCUUGAAAGGAAAUGUAUUAAGGGAGAUGAGUGUAAAUUUGAUCACGACGCAGAGAUUGAAAAGAAAAAGGAAAUGUGUAAAUUCUAUGUCCAAGGAUACUGCACCAGAGGUGAAAACUGUCUGUAUUUGCAUAAUGAAUAUCCUUGCAAGUUUUACCAUACAGGAACAAAAUGUUACCAGGGCGAGCACUGCAAGUUUUCCCAUGCUCCCCUGACUGCUGAAACCCAGGAACUGUUGGCUAAAGUUUUAGAUACUGAAAAGAAGUCAUCAUGAAAAUCAAAAGCAUAAAAAAAGCCAAAGGCAAGAUGAUAAUUGUGAGCCAAGAAUCAAACCUACGUUCAUCUGUUCAAGUCCACAUUUCUGCCCCUCACUCCUCUUCACUGAAGGCUGUGUUCACUGUCCUGGCUCCUGUUGACAGCACACAGUAAGAAGCCGGGGACAAAGGAGGAAGCACAACCACAGCAAGGAACCGACCUGUUUAGAGGGUUAAGAGGAGAGGAGGGAAUGUACAUGUUGAGUAGGGAGGGGAAAGCUGCCUGACUCUCCUCAGAGUGGUGUCGACUCCUGUGAAAUGUGCAACACUCCUUUACAUUAUUUAAAAAUGUAGGGGAAACAAACAGCUUUAGUUAUUAUAUGUCAUUAAUUCUGAGGUACACGUUUUCAUAGUUAACAUCUUUAAGGUUGGAGUGUCUUUUACAUUUGAUAGGAUAUCGCAUUUUAAUUCUCAGUUUAUUUUUAUUGGUGGGUCUUAUUCGGUUAGUGAUGUAUUUAGAUUUGACUAUAAUUUUAUAUUGAAGUUGUGUGUGUAUAUAGUCAUAAGUUUACUGUGAAAUAAAAUUUGUUGUGAAAUUUA